CCUUUGGAGAACAGCGGACAGAGAGUGUUGGACGAAUUUUCGUCAUUGCAGUUUUUUGAAUAUUCGUGGAAUAUCCACACACCUAACGGUACGCACGGAGUUGCUGCGCAUCGCGCGUGUUUCGGAAGCACCCAACCGGAAGUGGUUCUUUGCCCAGUGGCCGCCGCGAAAGUCUCGGCUCUCGGAAGCAAAAGUAGGGUGGUGAAAUUUCGAUUUCUCAUCGGCAGCGGCGUUUCAAGCCCAGAGAGUGUGCGUGGAGCGUGAAGAAGAAGAAGAGGAAGGUUUUGCUGAAGGAGACAGCUGACAAGAAGAAGCAGCAGCAGCGAAAGGAAAAAGAAACCUCGGUUACGGGUGUUAAUCUGCGGUCGGAAGUGUGUGCUCGUUGACCGGAAGAGGACAUUGAACAUUAUCUCAAGAGUGGGACGUGCGAAUUUGCCGUGUUUUUCAAUCUUGGACGAUUUUUUCCGUGGGAAAUUAGCAGAAAAAAGUAGCCUACUACAGGAAAAGGAAGAAGACAAAAACCAUACGAACGCUGGUAGUAAUAUGAGUAAUGCUAUUAACCAAAAUGGUACAGGUCUAGAGCAGCAGUUUGCUGGUCUGGACUUGCAGCAGCAGCAGCAGCAUCAGCAGCUGAGCGCGCAAGAUUCUGCCAACUUGAAGAAUACGUCCGGUGGCCGUUACGUUCCGCCCCAGCUGAGAAGUGGCCGUGGCGGCGGUGGUGGUGGUCCCGAGAACGACCAACAUCGUGGCGGCGAUUACUCUGGUGGACAUUCCGGCGGAGGCGGCGGCGGAGGACGCUACUCGGACCGUGGUGGGGAUCGUGGAGAUUACUACAAUAAUCGGCGCGGAGGCGGCGGUGGCCGGUUCAACGAUCGCAAGGAUAACUACAACCGAGGAGGCGGCUACAACAAUCGCGGCGGCGGCGGCGGCGGCGGGGGUGGACACCCGGAUCAGCAGCAGCAGCAGCAGCAUCUGCACCAGGAGCUGCCUCCCCAGGAUCAAUUGCCUCCCCAGGAGUUUGUGGAAAAUGGCGCCGGCCUUCCCGUCGGCGAGCCUGGUGACGAUCAGUUUAACGAUGGUGUUCCGCAGCAGCACCAGCAGCAACCACGAGGUGGUGGUAACUGGAACAACGGUCCUCGGGGCGGUCCCAGAGAUUUUCGUGAUAACCGUCAGCCGCAGAAUGACCGCUGGCAGGAGCCCCCCCCGGCCAAUGGAGGCGGCGGCGGCGGUGGAUACGGAGGCCGAGGCCGCGACGACCGCGGAAUGGGUGGACGCUGGAACGACCGCGGCGGACGAGGAGCGGACGUUGAUUUUACGCAGCUUACCGAGCGCGACGAGCGUCUGGAAGGCGAGCUGUUCCAACACGGUAAUACCGGUAUCAAUUUCAGCAAGUACGAAGAUAUUCCCGUGGAGGCGACGGGCGACAACGUUCCGCCCCACAUCAACACCUUCGAUGACAUUGAGCUGACAGAGAUCAUCGAGAACAAUAUAAAGCUGGCGAACUACGACGUUCCGACGCCGGUCCAGAAGUACGCCAUUCCGAUCGUCAUGAGCGGACGCGACGUGAUGGCCUGCGCCCAGACGGGUUCCGGCAAGACGGCCGCGUUCCUGGUUCCGAUCUUGAAUCAAAUGUACAAGCACGGCGUCACUCCACCGCCCCAGAAUCGUCCGUUCAACCGUCGCAAGCAGUACCCGCUGGGACUGGUGUUGGCCCCGACCCGUGAGUUGGCCACGCAAAUCUUCGAAGAGUCGAAGAAGUUCUGCUAUCGCUCUCGUAUGCGUCCGUGCGUUCUGUACGGCGGUAACAACACCCAGGAGCAGAUGCGCGAGUUGGACCGUGGUUGCCACCUGGUUGUGGCCACCCCGGGUCGCCUGGAGGACAUGAUUAUGCGCGGCAAGGUGGGCCUGGACAACAUUCGUUUCCUCGUGCUGGACGAGGCCGAUCGUAUGCUGGACAUGGGAUUCGAGCCCCAGAUUCGUCGUAUCGUCGAGGAAAGCAAGAUGCCGCAGACGGGCGAGCGCCAGACGCUCAUGUUCUCCGCUACCUUCCCGAAGGCUAUCCAGGAGCUGGCGAGUGAUUUCCUUCACAAUUACAUCUUCUUGGCCGUUGGUCGCGUCGGUUCCACCUCCGUCAACAUUACGCAGUCGAUCUUCUGGGUCGAGGAAAACGACAAGCGUUCCCAUCUGCUGGAUCUGCUGUCCAACAUCAAGGACCAGAACGAUGGUGACGAGAAGGACUGUCUCACGCUGAUCUUUGUUGAAACUAAAAAAUCCGCCGACGCGCUCGAGGAUUUCCUGUACAACUACAACCAUCCGGUCACCAGCAUCCACGGCGACCGUACCCAGAAGGAGCGUGAAGAGGCACUCAAGUUUUUCCGCUCGGGACGUUGCCCGGUUCUGGUUGCGACGGCCGUGGCCGCUCGUGGCCUCGACAUCCCGAACGUCAAACACGUCAUCAACUUUGAUCUGCCGGCGGAGGUCGAGGAGUACGUGCACCGUAUCGGUCGUACCGGCCGUAUGGGCAAUCUCGGCACGGCCACGAGCUUCUUCAACGACAAGAACCGUAACGUCGCCACCGGGCUGGUUCGGCUGCUGACGGAAACCCAACAGGAAAUUCCCGGCUUCCUGGAGGACAUGACCACCGAUCGGGGCUGGGGCAGUCGCGGACGCGGCGGCGGCGGUGGACGUAACCAGCGUUACGGCGGCCAAAGCUCAUCCUUCGGCUCCAGGGAUUACCGUACGCAGGGCGGCAACCGCAACAACAACACCCGCGAUCAACGCUCGGGAGGCGGUGGUGGCGGUGGCGGCGGCGCUGGCCGAAGCAGCUACGGAGGCGGAGGCGGAAGCUACGGAGGAGGCGGAUCCCGCGACGACGGCGGUUACUACCGUAACGGCGGUGGCAGCUCCGGCGGGUACGGAGGCAGUUACAACAACAACAGUGGAGGCGGUGGUGGCGGCGGCGGCGGCCACGACUGGUGGAACGAGUAAGGUGUUGUUGUACCGAACGGGCACGGGCUGCUGGAAGCGGGACUCUUUCCAUCAGCACUUGGUCUGGAAGGGAGGCUCGCGCAUAUAAAGAAAAGAACAUACAACAAACCAGCAUCUUAUACCUAGUACACACACACACACCCACACUGAUAUAAAAACGCCCACAAUAAAUUAACACUUUAAAUUAAAAACAAAACAAAAGCAAAUGAAGAUUACAUCAACAGCAGAAUAUUACAUUUUAGCCAGAGGAGAAACAAGUCGCCGGUUGCACUCAGAAAAUUCGUGGCAACCGGGAACUUGUGCGGAGCUCGUUUAGCAAACAGUCAAACCCUGUCUGUGUGUUUAAAUUGUAGGGAACCUCCUUCAAGAAUUUAGCGCCUUCUCCAUUCGUUAGGCGAAAAAAGCACGCGGAUAUCGGAAAUGGAGAGGCUAUGUUGUCUGUGCGCGACCCCACACGAAUCACUUCUCGCGCGUACUCGCGUACGGGAGGUGUAUGUAAACCGCACUGAACUGAGUACUGAAACUUACUGUGAACACACAACUGCUGUGUGGUAACGGCGUGGUGAUACACCUGAACCUGUACUAUUAGGAAAAAACAAAAUAAUUAAACGGAAUGAAUGCGAGAAGUGAUAGAGCGAGCGAGCGCGCGCGCGGCCGGAUGCAGAAGACAGAGAAAGCGACUGUUUUAGCGGGAAACAUCAAAGUUAGGCGAGAGCAGAAUGUAGCAAGAAGACUAAAUUCCGUAAUCUUAAUGCAGUAACAAAUUAUAAAAAAUAAACAAAAACAGAAUAAAAGAUUGUUGCACUUUCUCACUACUAAAUUCGGCAUAGAGUAACCAGUAACUCUUACACACAAGAUAUCUACAACAAGAACAACAAACAUAGCAGCAGCAGCAGCAGCAAAAAAUCGCAGAUAAAAAUAGACAAUUUGAUGAAGAAGGCAAAAA